CCACGCCACGGCGUGCAAGAAGCAGAAUCCACCAUUAGCUUACAGCUUCCAACUUCAAACCGCAAGAAGCAAGCUUUAGCUUACAUCUCCAGGCUCCAAUCAUAUCCAUCACUCCUUCUCUGGCCGUAGCAUCCAUUAAUCGCAGAGAAGAUGAGCUCGGUGUGCGUGAGGCCCGGGGGGUUUUCUGUCUCUGGAGGGGUGAAGUGCCAGCGGCGAGCGCGGGUGAGGGUGUCGGCCGUGGCGGCGGCGCCGGAGCGAGUCGCGACGGCGGCCAAGACUACCAUGUACUACGUGCUGUCGGUGGGCACGUCGGCGGGGCCGGAGGAGAUCAAGGCGGCGUACAGGCGCGCGGCGCUUCGGUGGCACCCGGACACGUGCCCGGGCGGCGCCGACCGGUUCAUGAUGGCCCGGGAGGCCUACGAGGUGCUCUCCGACCCCGAGCGCAGGAGGGGCUACGACAUCCAGCUGCGCUUCGGCGUUGCUUGCGGUGGCGCCGGAUCCUCCCACGCGGCGCCGGGAGCCGGGUACGCGGACUGGGAGGCGCAGCUGGCCGGACUGCAGUGGCGCGCCGCGGAGGAGGCGCGAGCGGAGACGUGGGGGAACAGGAUGCGCCGCCGCUCCACCGCGCAGACGUCGCCGUCGCACUAGUCCAACCCGCCGUGCCUUUGCUCUGCUCUUGUAUAGUUCAUCUCUGCUUCUACGCUGUGGAUUUUAGCCUGGCUGGUGCAGGACUAGUACAGUACUACAGCGUACAAAAGUACGGUAGGAGUAGCUUUUUUUUUCUGCCGAUGUAGCACGGUAACUAUUUUUUGAUGCUUAUAGCUCGUUUUGCUCUGAUGUGAUCACCUUUUUAAGUGCAAGGUCCAAUAGAUCUCUGGUUUUUCCGAUA